AUGAUAUUACCAAAGACUCCUGCCGAACUUCUCGGUUGCAAACCGGACAUAGCUUGCUACGCCAAACUGAUGACUGGUGGAAUGAUUCCUUUGGCUGUAACUCUUGCCACAGAUGCUUUGUUUGAUUCAUUUUCUGGAGAUCCAAAGCUUCAAGCACUGCUUCAUGGUCACUCAUACUCAGCUCAUGCUAUGGGAUGCGCAACAGCCGCCAAAGCCAUCGAAUGGUUCAAAGAUCCAGAGACUAACCAUAACAUCAUCCCACAAGGAGGAAUCUUAAGAGAGCUGUGGGAUGAAGAACUGGUGCAGCAAAUAUCAUGUCACAGUGCGGUUCAAAGGGUGGUUGUAAUAGGAACCCUUUUCGCUCUAGAACUUAAAGUAGAUGCUUCCAACUCCAGGUAUGCUUCGUUGUACGCAAAGUCUCUUUUACAGAUGCUCAGGGAAGAUGGAAUCUUCAUGCGGCCUCUAGGAAACGUCGUGUACCUCAUGUGUGGCCCUUGCACGUCUCCUGAAAUUUGCCGGGAAUUGCUGUCUAAGCUCUACAUAAGGUUUGGAGAAUUUAAUAGGGCAUAG